AUAAUAAUAUAAUAUAAAAUAUUUAUAUUGCGUUGUAAAUGUCUUCUUUUCUUUUCUUUUCUUUUCUCUUCUCUUCUCUUAUUUAUUUAUAAUAUUAUUAUUUUUAAUUUUUUUAUUAAAAAAAUAAUGUUAUCGUUCUUGAAUAAGAAAUAAUUUAUUUAAAUUUUUUUUAAAUGGGGCAUGGUCCUUUCUUGUUUUGAUAGAUAAAAUAUAGUUAUAUAAUGCGAUCGGCGUUAUCGGACAGCGAUGGCGCCACGCAAAAUAAAUCAUUCUUUGAAGCUAAAUAUACAAACACGUACAAAGACUCGCAAAAGCAAAUUUUGGGAUUGUACUACUUUUACCAGCAAUGCUAUAAUAAAUCAUUCAACCAAAUUCGGCAGAACACCGACGCGGAAUUUCAGCUUAAUGGUCAUGAAUUCAAUAAUAGACAAUUAGAUGACGACUUAUUACUUGAUACAACUCAUUCCUUUGAAAAUGGAAUCGAAAAUUUUGUAGACUCCCACAAUAAUCGUAAAUUACCUAAUAGUGCCGACAAUUUUUUAGAAACUUCAGGUAUAAAUUAUAAUUAUGACAGUAAUUCAUUUUGCAGCAGUUUAAAUAGGGUUAAUCUCAAAAUUCCGACGAAUAAGGAUUUUAAAGAUGAUAAAUGCGCAACCCUCGUGCAUUCUUAUUCCUAUAAUUCCGAUUUGAAGAAAUUUCAUUCUCGUUUCACAAAAGAUUACCAUACUAAGGGAACGAUCAACCCAAGAUAUUACUCUCCCCCAAUUUCAAAUUUGGAUGUCAAAGGUUGCAACAUUAAUUUGAGCCUAGUUAAUAAUAUUGUUAACUCAACUGUUAACUGCCAACAUAGGGAAGUGACUUUCACUCUUCUUGAAGGUCAUGAAAUAUCUUGUUUUGAAAUAGGUGGUGAAAAGCGUCUUUGUCUGCCUCAAGUGCUCAACAUAGUACUGAAAGAUUUUUCAUUGCAACACAUUAAUGCGGCCUGUGAAGAAUUGCAUGUAUAUUGCUCCAGUUGUGAUCCCAGCCAACUCAAAGCCCUUAAACAAGUAGAUGCCUUAUCACACAUAACACUGGAUUGCGGACUCAUUACAAAAACUGACUCUGAGAGGUUGUGUGACUAUUUGCUGAGGAAUUGUUGUGGCCGAGAAAGAGCACUAGAUUUGAGGAAUUCUUUAUCAUCUUUGAACAGCAUCACCCAUAUUAUCAAGACACGAUCUUUUGAUUCUGAUUCCCACCUUGAUAUUGCUUCAGCUACUCGCCACAAGAAAAAAAAGUUCAAAACUUUGCCUGAUUUUGUGGGGACAUCAUGUAUAACCACCAAUCAAAUCUAUGAUUUUAAUGAUGAUGAUGAAACUGAUGACAACAAUGAGGAUACAAGUUUUAAGGUGUAUCAUGAAUGUUUUGGCAGAUGUGUUGGACAGGUCCAUUUCAGCCUGUACAAAUACCCUAAGGCAGCCUGUAUUGAAUGCCUGCAUUGCCAUUUGCUAUUUACACCACCACAAUUUGUUUGCCAUUCUCACCGACAAGCAGAGACCCGCAUUUGCCAUUGGGGUUUUGAUUCGGAAAGGUGGAGAUCAUAUUUGUUCCUCAAAUUGCCUUCAAUCAACUCUAAAGAUAACAAUCAUAUUUCCGCUGACUCAACAAAUAUAGCCAAAACAUUUAGUUCAUCAUCCUUGGAAUACCUUGUUAGUGGCAGACAAUGCUUAACUAUUCCCAUAAUAACUGGCAAAGAAACAAGUUUACCUUCAUACUUCAGUGAGUCUUAUUGUGAGCAUAUAUGCAAUGACUAUCAAGUUAUCAAAACUUCUGAACAGGUAGGAAUGUGUAAACGCAAAAGAUAUCUUUCUGACACCCAAAAUAACCAUUUACAUUCUGACAGCAUUGCCUUUAAUCAGUCUAUCAAAAAACUGGAAGCUCAACUUGAGGCCUUUAAAAAUAAAUUUUCUUCUUGUUCCACCUCACAUAAAAAUGAAACCAAUGUGCUACCAAUUAGGAUUGAGCACACAGAAUCAUUUGAUCAUCCAAUACUCACCCAAAAUACCCUCAAGAUGGACAACUCUGCAACAAUUCAUCCAUCCACCGGACUUCAUUCAACUGUUGAAAAUCUUUCCUUUUGGUCGGAUCUACGUGUCGCGAACUCAAACUCUUUUCAGCAUUCAUUCAUCGCCUCUGCGACCGUCGCUGCUCCUUAUUGGCUUCUCCCGCCAUGUUACGUGUCUCCUAUUUUUAGGGAUAUUUUAUCGGCUUCUGCUGCCAUUUUUAAUUAUGGAUACAGUCCCAUGCACAACUUCAAUACUUUACACUUCCCGUCAUCACCCUUAUUUAAGUUUCCCAACCCUAAUAUUUCCGAUCAAUCUACCCAACUUGUAACAGGUAUCAAACACACUCAUUCACCUGAAUCGUUGGAGAAGUCCACUCCAGUCGCUUUCUCUCAAAGAUUUGUCACUGACAAUAUCAACGAGGACCAGGAGCCCGAUUUAUUUCACGCCUAUGUUACUUGUCCCAACGUAUUAAAAGGACCCCAAAAUGAUCUGGAACGAUUAAAACCAUCCUUUAUUCGUGUACCGUUCGAACUCAGCAACCGUAUAUAUUUCAGAAUCGGGGAAUUGGAAGAAAAAGUAAAAUCUCGCCUGUCCAAUCUACCUCAAGCCUUGGUAGAGCUCAUUCAUGCCGAUUUUAAUGAAGCCUUGAAUAAUAUCAAAGUUGAUAUAAUGAAAACUUCUCUGGUUAACGAUUGUUGUCCAUUCAAUAACAAUAUCGAAAUCGUCGAAAAGCUUAAGAGUGAUGACAAAAAUUCUAAAAUCAAGGUCGAAGAAGCUAAUGACGCAUAUUGGAACGAAGCGAUUGAUUUUAGUAUUUCAAGCUAAUUACGUGAUGGUGAUCGCAAACGCUGAGGAUGAUUCUAUAGAAAAUUGGUGGUAUCUUACGAGCCAGAAUCACGCAACAAGGAUUCCCUAAUAAAAUUACGGACCAUACAUUUAAACCAUUUAAAUCGCCAUCUUCCUCUUUUUAUGGCUUUUUUCCAUAAGUUAGUCUAUACAUCAAUGCAAUAUUACUUUAAUUUGAUUACUUAAAAUAUGCCAGUAGUUUUAUACUAUACAUUCACUAAAUCAUAUUUCCCAGAGGCGUGUCCGGUGAUCGCAUUGAAGCAUGCAUAAGCCCUAUGAUGAUUAUUUUAUUUUCUCCCAAUAUAUAAUUCAAUAACAAAAUAUAAAUUAUGUUCUUAUAUAGAAUUUAUCGAUUAAAAUUAUCGCAAGAUUAUGUCUGUUUUUCAUUACUUAAAGGGUUUGUUUGCAAAUGUUAUUUCUCCUUAGUCAAUUUAUGGGAUAUAAGUUAGUUAUCAAUAUAACCUAUCCUUCGAUGUAUUUAUCUCACAUGACCCUCUCAUUUUUUAGUCUAAAUGUAAUUAUUGACUCUAUGCCCCCCCCCAACGUUUCACAAUUAUUUUUUUUCCGGAAGUAUAAAUCUUUCUUGCUUAAAGUAUAUCGAGUAUCAAUAAUUCCCGUCAAACAAGAAUUUUUUCAUAGAAUAUUCAAUCCUGUUCUUUUACAAUGAGCAUAUCACCAAUCGCAUAGAUCUGGGUCCGAAUCUAGAAGAGCAGAUUUUUCCUGAAGCCAUGAUUGAUAUAUAGUUUUUCGGAAUCAACGGCGUGAUUCCGACUAUUAAUUUUAAAAAUUGGCUUAUUACAUUUUAAUAAAAUUUGGUUGUUGUUUAGAAAAAAUUAAAAUUUUGUCGUUGUCUGGUCAACUUCACCACGGUCUUUAGAAAUUAUAUAUUUUAAAUAAAAAAUUAUUAUCAUAUCGAUACGUUUUUAGAGGAAACAUUUUAAAAUAUGAUU